UCAGUUUAUAUUUGCCUUUACUAUACUUCGCACACGGUGAACAAAUGUGUUUUUGUACCAAACAUCAGAGUCAUUAUUUACAAUUUUAUUUUUUUGGAUAAGAAUUUAAAAUUAAAUUCUAUUUUAUUAUACUAAUUCAUAGUUUUAUUGUGUGUUUUAUGUUUAUGUAUAUGAAUAAGAAGGAAAAGAAUUGUGUUUUAAUUUAAAAAGUGGAAGUCCGAGUACGUGUUGUUGUUAAUUUUUUUUUGAAAAUUUUUGAUAAAGAUAAAACGUGACAUUUAUAUGAAAAGGAAGUGUGGAAAUCUGUUCAAUCCUUUAAGUUAAAAUUCAGAUUUUGCUACAGCUGCCAAUUUUGGAAAGAGUAUUUUUAUAAAAUUUAUAUAAAUAGAAGUAAAUAUUUAAGGAAAAAGAUUAUUUAGUAAUACAUCUGUUUCUGGUGUGGAUAACAUUAGAUAACGUAAUAGAACUAAAAAAAAUAAAAAAGAAAGAGAAGUAUUAAUACUGUGCUCCAUAAACUUAUCAACACUGUGGUUGGUGAAGACAUUAACAUUUUAAGUCACCAACUAGUUUAAGCAGUAUUAUAACCCCCUUAAAAACAUCAGCCAUGGCCUCCCGGAAUUAUGUGAUAUUUGACUGUGAUGGUGGUAGUGAUGAUGCCUGGGCAUUGCUGUUGCUACUAAAAGCGGAAGCUGAAAAUCAUUUAAGCAUUUUAGGCAUCACCAUAUGUGGCAGUGGCAACACAACACUACACAAUGCAGCUUACAAUAUGUUAAGAAUAUUAAGGGCUUGUGGCAGAGAUGAGAUACCAAUAUUCCUAGGAGCCGCGGAAUCUCUUUUAUCAGCUGAAGAUCGCGAAAAACGUCCUUUAUUUCAUGGCAAAGAUGGUUUUGGUGAUGUUUUGCCACAGGAUGAAGAUAUAGACGUACAGGAUAUGGUGGAAGGUGAACAUGCUGUGGCAGCUAUAAAUCAAUUUUGUAUAGAGAAUCCUAGACAAGUUACCAUAAUUGCUGUGGGACCUUUAACGAAUAUAGCCUUAUGCUAUUCCAUGUAUGGCCAGGAGUUUUCUUAUAAUAUUAAGGAAUUGUAUAUAAUGGGUGGAAACCAUCAGGGUGUUGGCAACUACUCUAGAUCGGCUGAAUUUAAUUUUUUCAAUGAUCCUGAAGCUGCCCAUAUUGUCUUAACAAAAUCAAAGUGUCCUAUAACUAUACUACCCUGGGAGCCUUGCAUGCAUGACAGAUUUUUCAUAUGCAUUAAAUGGCGGCUUGAACAAUUCGGCUCUAAAGCUAGUCAAAACCCCGCCGUCGACUUGCUUAAUCUAGUCGAAGCUGCUCAGUAUUUACCACCCGGCUAUAAGGGAUGGAAUCCUUGUGAUGCCAUGCUAGUCGCUGCGUUUCUCUUCAAUACCCAAGUCAUCUUAAAACAAAGUCAUUGGCAUUGUGUGGUCGAUUUAAAUGGCCAUACACGCGGUCAAAUGGUUCUCGAUCAUUUGCAGGAGGUGGAUAAAAAUCCUAAAAAUGUGCGUAUUAUUGAACUGAUGGAUGCAGAAUUCUUUAAAAAGGUUGCCGAAUGGGGUUCGGGUUUGAGAGAGUUAAGUGUGGAUUUGGCGGGCGGCAAGGAAGCAAUAAAAGCGGAGAUAAAACAGGAAAAUGGCUGUUGAAGUAUGAAGGAGCAGAAAUUUGUAAAUAUUUCGGUUGGAUAUAUACAUAUAAGAUUUUAUUGCAUUUUUUGUAAUUUAUUGUAUUAAUAAAUGUUAUUAUUAAAUUA